UCAUACUUUUCAGGGACAAGACCAAGAAUACCUCUCAAAAUGUGCAUGAAAGUCAACUGCUCGAACUGCAACAAAGCCACCUGGUGGGGCUGCGGCGCGCAUAUCCCCUCCGUUCUGGACUCGGUUCCGGAGAGUGAGCGCUGCACUUGUUCGCCGAAGGUGGUGCGCGAUGGAAAGGAGUAUCCGCCUAAGGCGGAGAAAUGACUAUCUGCGGGGUG